AUGCAUUUUCUGCCUCCAAAAAUGGUUUGCGAGACCAAGAUCGUAGCGGACGACGAGAUGCCGGGGUCCAAGGCUGAUCCCAUCGUGUCGUCCAGCCAGCUGUGGCCUCCGGGGGCCGGGACCACCCCCCACCAGCACCAACACCCCCACCACCCCGCGACCCCCUCCCCUCCCCCUCCCCCUCCCCCCCCCGGCCCGGAGUCCGGCAAGAAGGACUGCUUCUGUAUCCGCGAGUUUGAGAGGAGCGAACAGGAGAGCGUGUGCCGCAUCUUCUACCAGGGCAUCAUGGAGCGCAUCCCCAACACCGCCUUCAGGGGCCUGAAGCAACAUCCCAACAUACUGCUCUUUUACGCGUUCCUCACAGUAAUUUGCUUUUAUCUGACGAACUCCCUCCUGCUGACCUGCUGUGUGCCCAUCUUACUUUUGGGCACAAGAUACUACUACAGUAGGAAAGUUAUCCUCAGCUAUCUUGAGUGUGCACUACAAACCGACAUGUCAGAUAUAGAGCAAUAUUACAUGAAACCCACAGGUUCCUGUUUCUGGGUCACAGUCCUGGAUGGGAAUGUUGUGGGCAUUGUAGCAGCGAGAGGCAACGAAGAAGAUAACACGGUGGAACUGCGCCGUAUGUCGGUGGACGCCAAAUACAGGGGGAAGGGAAUCGCCAAGGCCUUGGGCCGUAAAGUCCUGGAGUUCGCCAUGCUCAACAACUACUCUGCCGUCGUCCUGGGAACCACUGCCGUCAAAAUGGCUGCCCACAGGCUGUACGAAUCAUUAGGGUUCAAAUAUGUGGGGGUCACUGAACACUACGUGCUUCCAGGAAUGAGCCACUCCAUCUUGGAGAGAAUGUUUUUCCAGCUCCACUAUCACCGCUACCGGCUGCAACUCCGUGAAGAGUAAAGAAUCAACCUUUCUGACACCUCUUUCCUCUUCUUUCCCCCAUCAUUCCUCCCCUCCUAACCCUCACCUCCAGGGCCUCUUCAAAACACCAGUGUUGAAUACAGAUCGUUUUGUAAAUUUAUUUUUUGAUUUCCCUCUCCUUC